AUGAAUUAUUUCUCUUCUUUUUUCUGUUUAAUUUUGUUCUUGUUGUAUUUGAAUUUCUGCGCUUGUAUGUGGCCUUGGACAAAGAAAUGGAAAGCAGAAAAUCAGAUGGCUAUAAUAAAAGAUAUGUCUAAGGAAAUACGACAUAAGGCUGAAACUCUUCCUACACCCAGAGAUAUUACAAAUAAAAUACAUAGAAUUGAUAAGGAAGUCAUAGAACAAUUAAAUAAAGAUAUAAUUGAUGAAGAGAAUUUAUCCAAGCAUAAAGCACAUAUAUGCCUAGAGCCAACCUAUGAAAGAGACUAUAAAUAUUUAUGUCCAGAAGGGUGGAUAAAAAAUAAAAAUGGACAAUGCUGGGGCCUACAUUAUGAUGGUCAUUGUGAAUCCUUAAAAUAUUUUCAAGAAUAUAACGAUAACGAAAAGAAAGAAUUUGAAUUAAGCUGUUGUGUGUUGUGGCCCAAAUUAAAAAGUGACAAUAAAAAGAAAAGUAAAAAAAGAAAGACCAUAAGAGGAUCGAUAAAAUCAAGCAAUGGACUUAUCAUAAGACCAAAAAAUAUAUAA